AUGUUUGAUGAGGUCGUUUAUUGUGCUUCUCUAAUGGGCAUUCAUGGCUACACUCAACCUUCAAGUGAUAGCGGUAGCAAUUCAACUGGUGUUAGGAGAAGAUUAGCUCGGAAUACAAUCCCAAUAAAAGAAUAUGGGAUUAUGAAUGAAUGUUAUUGUGGAGCGAGAGCAAUAAUCAAUACUUGUCGUUCCACAAUGGACCCGGGAAGGAGGUUUUUCACAUGUUCAAACAAGUGGUUAGACGAGGGAAUCAUAGAGGAGCUUACUCUCAUUCAUAACAAUUAUGGAGCAGUAAUAGAUAAGAUAGAGCUAUUCACCUACACUGACGAUUUCUAUAUGGCAAAAGCCGAAAUUGAUCAACUCAAGCAGAAGAUGAUUCAGACCGAAGAGAAGAUUGCCAAGUUGGUGAUGUUUGUUGACGAGAUGAAGAAGAAGAAAAAUGGCAUAACAAGCGGUUUGAAGAUGCAGAUUGCCCUUGGUGCAAGCUUUGUGAUGAUCAUUGCUCUCACCAUUAUGAUCUUUAAGUAG